AUAAUCAAAUCGACAUUGGCAUUGCAGAAGGUAAACUUUUUUUUAUUGCGGCCGGCUUGCGAUUAUUUUGUCUCUCUUCUAAGCUCCAAACGCCUAUUUACUAUUCAACUUUCGAUUGAAUUAAAUAAAACAUAGAAAAUUUCCAUCAAUAUUCAAAUAAAAUAUCAAUUUAUUAGAAAUUUGCUCAACAAAAUUCCCAGGGACUAAAAAAGAUUGUAUUCUCGCAUUCAUCAAAAAAGAAAAAAAAUGGACAAACGAUAUUUAGACAAUCCAUUUGCCGACUAUAAAGAUGGUCAACAGAUUGAAUACGACGAGGAGCAUGUAAAAAACUUAAUUUGUACUUAUGUCGAUGCUAUUUUAGAAUCCACCCAACCGGGUAGUGAAAAUGAUGAUCAUCGAGGUGAUUUGUAUGUUGGAAAUUCAGGAAUUGCUUACAUGUUUUGGCGCCUCUCGCGAUCCACCAAAUGCAAUGAUUUAUAUCCAGCAUUAGAUCACGCCCAAACUUUUAUCCGUAGUGCCAAGGCAAAUGCCAAUCGUUACAAAAAACGACCCAGCGAACGUUAUGCCUUUUUAUGUGGAAAUGCUGGCAUCUAUGCUGUGUCGGCUGUAAUUUCCAAAGAUCUCAAUAAGACUGAAGAUUAUGAAAGUGAUGUGACGAACUUUCGGAACGGCCUUGCACCGGCCAAAGAGUUUGUCUUUACCAAACAUGGUUGUGACGAAGUCCUCGUUGGCAGGGCUGGCUACUUGAGUGGCUGUUAUUGGCUGAAUGAUGUGCUACAACCCAAACCAAUUGCGGAUGAGGAAAUUAUAUCGAUUUGCGAAAUAAUGAUUACCAGUGGGAGGGAAUAUGCCAAACAAAAUAACACCCCAUUGCCUUUGAUGUAUCAAUAUCAUGGAACUGAGUAUUUGGGAGCGGCACAUGGCCUUUGUGCUAUAUUGCAUAUGUUGAUUGAAAGUCCUGGGUUUAGUUGUGAGAGUUUUCGAUUACCUCGAUCGGAUUUGUUGGAUAUCAAAAAGUCGAUUGAUUACUUUUUGAGUUUGCAAGAUGCGGAAGGUAAUUUCCCAGUGGCUUUGGAAGAUUUGAAGACUGGCAGGGAUAAAAGAUUGGUGCAUUGGUGUCAUGGAGCACCUGGAGCUGUGUACUUACUUGCAAGGGCUUACUUGGUCUAUCGGGAGGAUAAGUACUUGAGUGCAAUUCGACUUGCUGCCGAUUUGGUGUGGAAUAAGGGAUUUUUGCGUAAAGGUCCUGGUAUAUGUCAUGGAGUUGCUGGCAAUGGUUAUGUAUUUUUGUUACUCUAUCGUCUGACCAAAGAAGAUAAAUUUCUUUAUCGAGCUGUGAAAUUUAUGGAAUUAUUGACGAAUUCUGAUUUUAAAGAUCGAGCGAGAAUACCUGAUCGACCGCAUAGUUUAUAUGAAGGUGUUGCUGGAACUGUUUGCUAUUUGAUAGAUCUUUUAGAACCGACUAAAGCACAUUUUCCAUUUAUGGAUAUAUUUCAUCAAAAGUGACAUAUUUUAUAAGAAAAACACAAAACAAAAACAUCAUAUCAUACCAUGAGAGAAGUAAGCUUGCUUACUAUUUCUUCUUAUAACUUUAAUUAAUCAUCUAAUUAAAAUUAUUAUUAUAUAUUACAGGCUUAAAUUAUAUAUACUCUGAGAGUUUUCAAAAAAAAAUUAUUAUAAAUAACAUACAUAAAAACACCCAACAAAACCCACACAUUCAUAAGUCUGAUUGUUUUUAAACUAAAUUUUAAUCUAUUAAUCUAAUUUUAAAAAUUGUGUUUUUAUUUUUUUUCUUCUAUUUUGUUGUCUUUUUUUUUGUUUUUAGCGUCAACUUGUACGGUGGGUUAUUUUGCAAAUCUAAUGGAACUUUGGCCCUUAUGCAUAAAAAAUAGUAAAUACUAGCAAUAUGAAAUUAAUAAGUAUAAACUAGGUUUGCUAUGCACAAAAUGUGGAUACAAAAGUUCAUACUUACAAUUUUUCAAGUAAAAGCAUUUACUAUUUUUUAUGCAUAUCAACCUUUGUUCAGAAUUUAAAGUCGACGUAGAAAGCCCUCAAAACCGUACAAAAUUAGACAAACGUACUGUAUUAACAAAACGUACUGAAUUAAUUUGGCAAUAAGAUUGUACAAAUAAAACUGAGAGAACUUUCUUUUAGGUUUCCUUAAAAAUCCGAUUGGCUACCAUUAAGUUUCAUAAAGCUAAAGUGAUAUUGAGAAGCCAUCGCUUAAUGAAACUGUCUUCUAUAUCGAAGCUAGAACCAUUCCUAU